AUGGCGUUAGGCUUGGAAAAAUGGAUUUCUUCGACAUUGCAGUUCACCAUGGGUGUUUCUCUCUUGCUCCUGGCUUCUGUGCUCUUUCUGCCGCUCUCUGUAACAGCACAAGGAUGUUCUGUCUCCAAUAGAAAUCCAAGCGUUCCUGAAAAUAACAAUCCUGGAUAUGUUGUGACCACUAUCUCUGUGGAACCAGGUUUCACUGCAAUGAUCGAUCCUAGCUCUCCAGAUGGCAAUUAUUUUAUCAUCCAGGGGUCUGAGCUGCAGCUGAACAGAAGCGUGGACUAUGAGACUGACACUGUGCUGUUAGUGACCCUGACUUGUGAGAAAAGUGCUGUGGAGAGUUACAGCCUGUCAAUUAUUGUGACCAUUAUCAACCUGAAUGAUAACAGCCCAGUGUUUAAGGAAACCAGCCUCACCAGAGUUAUACCUGAGGACACAAAAGUGAAUGCAACCAUUGUAGCCCGUGAAGAUGUAAGUGCUAGUGAUGCUGACUUGGAUAUAAUCUACUAUAAACUCGAUUCGACAGUGCAGAACACCAGCGAUUAUUUUGCCAUAAAAGGAGUCAAUAACCCUGAAAUCUAUUUACAAAAAGCGUUGAAUUAUGACAAAUUUAACUUCACAACAUUGCUCUUGUAUGCAAUGGACAAUAUUGAGGGCAUGAACGUAACCAUUCAUACAGCUACUGCAACAAUAAACAUAGUUAUUGAGCAAGCUGACACCAGACCUCCCUGGUUCCUACCCUGCACCUUCAUUGACGCAGACAGAAGCAUUUGCAUCAGCAGCACCUAUACUGGGAGAGUCAAUAUGUCCGAGAUGUCGACUGAACCACUCACCUUGGAGCCAGGGCCCAUCUAUGCUAUCGAUCCUGACUACAUUUUAAAUGAAAAAAUUGUGUACAGUAUUGUUGGUGGGAAUGCAGAUAAUGUAUUCUCAGUGGAUGCAGACACGGGAAAUCUAACUAUGAACAAAGUAGCAGCUUCUCCAAAUUCAUAUCUAUUACAGGUGAUGGCCACUCAAGUCAACAACAAACAGAAAUACUCCAUAGCCAAUGUAGAAAUUCAGGUCAUCAAUAAAAGUGACCACGCACCAUACUUUGAGCCCAGUUUCUAUGCAGGGACAGUGUCUGUUGGUCUGGACCCAAGAAGCUUUGUCUUCCAAGCUGGUGAUUCUUCAAGGCCCCUGAUGAUAACAGCACUGGAUGAUGAUUUCCCUGAUAAAGUCAACCCAAACAUUGAGUACUACAUAAGGAACAACACCAAUUUCAUUGCAACCAAAGAUGGACUCAUCCUGACUAAUGUGAUGCUGGACUCACCAGGGACUGCAAUCAUGGAGGCAGUCGCAAAAGAUACAGUGAGUCUACAGGAGGGGAGCACUGCAGUCACAGUAGAGAUCAUCGCUGCCAAAGCUGAAAUCUCCUCCUCUGAUAAGAUAUACACUGCACAGGAUAUGGGUAUCUUAGGUGGUAUCUUAGCUGCGUUGCUAUUAAUUGCCUUAGUCUUCCUUGGAGUGAUGAUAUAUAAACAAUAUGGAAAGACAGUCAAGUUCCUGAUUAAUAAAAAAUUCUCCAAGGAUUUCCCUGGAAGCUACGACAAUCAAGCCUACAGGCAAGAUGAACAUCCAGAUCUGAGUACCAACAAGCAGGAAAGCACAGAAUAUAUCAAUGUAACCGAGAUACAGCAGCCAUCACUUUUCUUGACACCUUCUAGUGAACAAGAAAUUCAUGAACUUCCACAGACUUCCCCAGCUUCCACCAUUGUUUCUGACCAGAAAGUGGAAGAAGAAGAGGAAGAAGAAGAGGAAAAGGUGGAAGAAGACACUAAGAAUGAAAAGGAAGUGAAAUCUAUCCUCAAAACAGACAGGAAUGAGGGAGACCCAGGAUACAAAGCUGUGUGGUUUAAGACCGAUGUGGAUCCAAGUGGAGAGAAUGUUGAAGUGAUUGAUGACAAUGCAGCAAAUUAUGAUGAUGACAGUGAUCAAGAUCUGCAGGAGAAUGAGGAGGAGGAAGAAGAUUACAAGGACGACCAUCACAGAGAUUCGGGAAUGUUCCUUGCCUCAGACAACUCAUCAUUCCAAGCUGCAGAAGUGUCAGUCAACAUGUCUACCAGAGAUGACAGUGGUGCAUAAUGGAACUAGGUCUGCAACUAUCCCCUCACCAAAAUGGAGAAAUGUCCAUUGCUUGGGUGAGACAGAGCCCACCUUUCUGCUCAGGGCAAAACUGAAAUGCAGGAGGACAAAGCUGAUUGUCCUGCAUGCAGAUAUUAAAUCCAGAAGAGAUUAUAACUAAUUCAAACUUCUAGUAAGACCUUGAAAUAUGGCUUGGGAUUUUAUGUGGGGAAAACACAUCCCAUCCUUCUUCCUAUUUGUCCUAGGGUCCCCUACAUCACAUUUCCCAAGUUGGUAAAUAUAUGGGGGAUGUAGCUGAACUGACUUUGAAGAAUUUAUCUCAGCUCAUGGUAGCAAUGUAGUUGUAUGAUCCAGUGCUUUCAUCUCCUCUGGUGGGUAAAUGAGCCAGCAUUGACUGCUUGGCUAUUCCCUUUAGGUGUUGCGUGUUGACGUCGGCUGCAAGGCGUUAGCCAAUGCAAGUCACUCUGACACUCUGACCCAGCUGUUGCUCCAUGACUACAUUCAGGAGCUUACUUCAGCACUUGGCUCUGCUCUCUGCACCCCAGGAGCAGCUAGCAUGACACACUGAGGACAGCAGGAGCGCCACUGUAGGUCUCCCUCCUGCCAGAAAAUGAACGUUCAGAUGAUUGAGAGAUGCUGUUUCCUCUGCUGCUGAUAACCAAGGACUGAUAACAUGUUCUUUACUGAAAGAAUCUGUCGGAUAUUAUUCUUUGUCACAAACCAUUAACUGUGCUGUCCUUCCUUGGCUGUAUCCUAUGUGUCAAGGCAAAGAGCUCCUGCCAUAACCUGCUUACAGAAUGUCAGGUCUAUUUCCAACUCUCUGGACUUCUGGCAGCAAAAGAUGUCAUUCUAAAGUGCUAGAUGUGGAUCAGCACAUUGUUUCCCCUGUCCAACAGGACUCAAGGUGUUCCUUUUAUCAUUGCUGCUGAAAGCGGAGGUCAGCAGUCCUCCACACGCCUCACUUGGUGUAGAUGAAAACCUCUUUGCAUCCCCAUUUUUUUCCAUUCACAAUGGGCCCAGCAGGCUCUUUGGAUGAUAAAAUACUAUCUUUCAGGCUUUACCUAGAGCCAAGCUGCAGCCCAAAAGCAGAGGUGGUCCACUGAGAACACAGAAAGAAACAACAAUAAAUAAUCCUGCCUGUGACCUAUGGGCUAUUCUCCGCAACACUGUCAUUACUCCAGAUAAACCCGUGAGAGGGAAACCAAAACACAACUGCUGGGAUUCUUGUCUAUCCCAAAACAUAAGACAAUCAGUUCU